AUGGCGCGCCUCAUGGAGACCGAGCGGAAGCGGCGCCUGGCCUUCACGACACGGCGGAGGGGGCUGCUGGACAAGGCGAGGCAGCUCGCGGCGCUCUGCGGGGUCGCCGUCACGGUCGUCUGCACCGACCCCGAGGGCGGCGCGCUCACCGUGAUGGAGACGGAGGAGGGCGUCCCGGCUCUGAUGGAGAACGAGCGGAAGCGGGCCCUGGCCUUCAGGAACCGGAGGAGGGUGCUGCUGGACAAGGCCGGGCAGCUCGCGGCGCUCUGCGGGGCCCAGGUCGCGGUCGUCUGCGCCGACCCCUGGGGCGGCGCGCCGACUGUGAUGGAGACGGAGGCCGGCGUCCUCGCCAGAGCCUACUGA